GAAGAGCAUGCGGCGCGACGCGCCGCCGCGCUGCAAGGCCGCUCUGUAUGCCUGGCAGCCAUGGUGCAUUGAGGCUGCAUGCAUUACCUUACAUUCUCCUUGCCAGAUUGUUUUGUACCGUAGUUUUUGCGGGCAGCAAUGGCUGCGCAGUCCAUGCUGCUCAGGAGCGAGUACCAGCUGACAGCAUUGUCCAAGAGAAACGUCGCAAAACCUGCAAGAGCCGUUCAGAGUGCGGCGGGGCCGGUUGCAUCACUUGAAAGUUUGCAGAGAAGAAGUAAUCCUCACUCAGAGGGAGCUAGCUCAAAGAGGUCCUUGCAAAGGGGACGGCAGGAUUCAUCUCAAGUGUUUGCGGGGGAAAGUUUUCUGGGAAGUAGUUGGACGUUUAAACGGAGUCUACUUGGAGAAUCUGGAAUCAAAUGUAGACCCCAGCAGAACAUCAUCGCAAUGGCCACAGCUAGUAAAGAUCCUGUCACAGAGUGGAUCCUAGGAGAAGGGGGUGCGAUGAAGGUUCUAAGGACUAGCUCUGUUGGGGGAGGGUGCAUCAAUGUGGCAUAUAAGUACGAUACGGACGCCGGACCAUUCUUCGUCAAGUCAAAUAGGUCCACAGGUCCCGCCAUGUUUGAGGCGGAGGCUGCAGGGCUGGAAAAGAUGUGGGAGACCAAAACCAUACGCGUACCCAAGCCCUUGAAGGUGGGAACGCUCCCUGGCGGAGGCUCGUUCAUCAUUAUGGAGUUCAUCGAGUUCGGGAGUCGAAGCAGCCAGGCGGAUCUAGGGAGAGCCCUCGGCGAGAUGCAUAAAGCCUCGACGGGGCAGUCCCCCCACGGCUUUGGGUUUUUCAUGGACAACACGAUUGGCAGCACGCACCAGCCCAACACGUGGACGUCGGACUGGGUGGACUUCUUUCGUGAGCACCGUUUGGGCUUCCAGCUCGACUUGGCCCGACGGCAGUAUGCAGAAAACACGCUGUACGAAAAAGGCCAGAAGCUGCUGGCCAAGCUGCCGGAGCUGUUGGGCGGGGUGGAGGUCGCGCCGGUGUUGCUGCACGGAGACCUGUGGAGCGGGAACGUGGCCAGCGACAAGGACGGCCGGCCCGUGAUCCUGGAUCCCGCCUGUUAUUAUGGGCACAGCGAGGCGGAGUUCGGCAUGUCCUGGUGCGCGGGCUUCAAUUCCUCGUUUUACGAAGCCUAUCACAAAGUCAUUCCGAAGCAGCCAGGCUUUGAGCGCCGUGUUGAGAUCUACAAGUUGUACCAUUAUUUGAACCAUUUAAAUCUUUUCGGAAGCGGGUACCGAGGAUCGUGCAUGUCCAUCAUAGACAAGUUUGUUUGAUGGUCUUAGGUUUGAAAGAUUGUAGCGAAUACAGGAGCCAUCGUCCUGUUGAACCUAGAGAUUCAGGCACCCUCAUACUCUUUGUCCAAAUUUUGCGGGCGCGCAUUUCAAUCACCGUUCAUGAGGGAGC